GGAGCUAGCUGACUAGUUACUGCCGACGGUAGGGACACUGGGUAGAGCUGUGUUCACAACGAUAUGCCACCAGGGGGCGGGCACUCGUCAUGAGGAGGUGAAACACGGAUUACUAAAGUGUAAAAGGGAUGGUGUAGUCUGUGUGUUGUGUGAUACGUGUCCCCAGGCUGGAUGACUUCAUUAAGUGGGGAGGAUUAUAACUUACCUAAGGUCUGUGUGUGUGACCCGGAUGAUGGGGAAAGACAGACGUAACUGGACAUGGGUAUUCCGGCAGUUUUCUACCUUACGCUUACCUCACUUCUAAUCAUGGUCUACUUUGUGUUUGCCGGGGAGGAGGAUUGUUUAGCACUAGACCGGAGUGACGGUCCAAUUCAGUGUUACGAUUGUCUGUCGUUCUCCACCAUUGAUAACUACUGUGGCGACCCCUUUAAUGAAACCAACAAGGGAGUUAAGACAAUUUCAUGUUACGGUUUCUGCGUCAAAUGGGUCCGUAAUGUCCGCCCAGGUGUGGUGCGUUACCAGAGGACCUGUUCCUCUAACUUGACCAUCACUAUGAACAUUAACGCCGUGUGUAUAGCCGAGUCAAGACCCCGAACAGGCAAUAUCUGUUUCUGUGAAAAAUGGAAAUGUAAUGCCGGGACGUCUUUAAAACCUGAAACUCACGUGCGAUCCCUGAUGACGUUUAUUACCCUAGUAAUACUUCUCACUUGCUUCCGAUAGAGGAGAAUGCACGUGUAGACAAAAUUCACUUGACGUGCAGAUUGGCACUAUUAAUGGCCUUUGUGUAUAAAAAACUGUCUGCUAAAAUAUAGAAUUCCUGAUUGUUUUAUGUCAGGUAUCACGUGAUAAUAUGGCGGGAACGAUUAUUUAACAAUACAAGUGUUUAAUGUGAUACACGUCACGUGAUUACCUGUUCCCAUCAGGUAAACAGGAUUAUAAUGUGAGGCACCUUCGUCCAGAAAAGUGAUGUAACCUAACAUCUCAAAAUUGUUUUUGAGAAGUGAGAGCGUUAUGGAAUGUAUAUAGCUCUGAUUCCUUUUAGUGGAUUUAGUUUGAUAGAGUUUUCCACCUUCCUUGAUACAUAAUACAUACACUUUUCAAUUAUGACGAAUGAAAUGUAAUUUCCAUUACGUCAUACCGAUUAUGACGUCACCAUGUUACGGGACGGUUUUGUUAUAACCGGAUGUGACGCAAUCGGAUGUGUACUUAUAAAGUGUGAUGCAACCACUUGUGGUUACGCGUCCAUUCAUGAUGUUCAUGUUUGGUUGGUACCGGAUGUGACGCAAUGAAUUAAUCAACCUCUUUUUUCUUAUAUUUGGCAUAAGAAUUUAAUAGGUCACCUUGUAGAACAACUAAUGUAUCAAUAUUCACAUUUUAAAAAUUCUUUUUUUCCUUUCGGUAGUUACAAUGAUAGGUAUAUUUAAUUGUCACCUGAACAUGUGCACAGAAAUUUGAUAAAUAUAUCUGUUUUUAAACAAAUAUUAAAAUCACCUUCUUAUAUCUAAAGUUUACAUUUCAAAAUAUACUGUUAAUUCUCUAAUGAUAGUUCGUCAUCGCCUUUCGAGUUAGCCAUAUCCGGAGACGGUUUCGUGAUUAGUUGUAACAUUUGGUCGUUAGCCCUACCUUCUUCCGAUCUAUGAUAAAUGGGCGUUUAAUUGAUAAAAUCUUACCAAUUAAAAAUCACUAAAAUAUUGUUCCAUUUGAAAUAUUAUUCAGGACUAUUUUAUACAGACAUCUUAGUCAAGUCUUAUGUAUUAAGAAAUAUCACACAUUUUUGCCUGAAUCUCGACUGGAUGAAACCACAAACAAAAUAUUUGAGCAUGUUUUUUGUCAACCUUGAACCAUUUAGGGAGUUUGAAAUAAAAGACAAGAUGUUUCCAUGGCAUCUACUGUCUUUAUUUCCACCGUUAUAACGUCUAUCACAGUAAAAUGAUGCGUUAAAGCUUGAAAUUCCUCCGCUGCUUAGUAUCGAUUGUACAGACCGGAAAUUCCAAGGGCUAACAAAAUCAUAAAUUCUUAUGACUAAAGUAUUUUAAACCCGAAAAACUUUCGGUUUUGGAUCUGACUCGAAAGGUAGCUAUGGAUUCUCAUCCUUUUUGUCUUUCCGUUUUCAUUAUUGUCCAUUUUUCUCCCUUGAGGUUGAGCGAGGGAAGAAAUGUUUGUGAAGCUGCUCUGGUAGAUUUAACAGUAUGAGAGUGUGUGUUUACAUACAAUAUAACCUGUAUCCUAAAUACGUUUUUUCACGUCAGUUUCACGAAGAUGGAAGGCACACCUUUCAUCGCAUGUGAACUAUACAUCCACUGUUUUACGUUGUAUUAUGUACAUUAAUUCAGACGACACUUUAUUCUUUUUAUUAAUUUUGAAUUUAUAUAGUUGUCAUGGGCGCCUUGUGGUAAUCUCAUUAGUAUUUACAGGCGCUAAAUACAGUAUAUCAUUAUCGUAUGUUUCAUAUUGCUUAUUUGAUUUUGAAAAUUUUAAAUGCAUGAUUAGAUAAAAAGUGAUAUAUGUGUACAUAUAAAUCAGAAAACAGAGCAUGCAAUGACACGUGAUAGAACUACAUGUAGUGUCCGUAACACAUUGACUUCAUCACCGAACGUUUCACAUACCAAAAAAACCUCACGAGAGCCCGUCAUAGGGUGACGUCAUUGAAACGUCAUAUAUAGACCUGGUCGUAUUUCAAAUCAAGGGCAAUAACUCUGAAAGUCUUGCUAUCAGAAAUCCUUAAACUUAGCUAUAAAUUAAGAGAAUUUUCUUAGAUGUGGGUGUUUAAAUCAGAUAAGUAACUGUAAUUAAAUUCAAGCCGAGAUGAAUCGUUCAAACAGACGCCGAUAUUAGAACUUAAGCUGAUAACUCGUCAAAGUGAAACUUGUUCAUCAUAGCGGGACAUACAGGCCCACUCAGAAAUCGUCAUAAGUGUGUUUUAGCAGGGUCCGUGACGACAUGACGCUAGCUUGGAUUUCGUCAUAAAUGGAAUCGGAGAAUAUCCGUCUAUACUGGUGAACAGUCAGUUAUUUUCCACCAAUAUGAUUACGCAUAGUUAAAGUUUCUGAUGACUCGUUGUGUAAAGAAAGCUCUUGACUUUUGUGUUUUAUAAUACCAGUUGUGACGGUGUUUAUUUUGAGUAAGACUUUCAGCCCUUAUCAGACGGCAUCGUUUGGUGCAUAUUCGCUAUAGAUUCGAGAAACUAAUAGAAAAAUCAGCAUCAUCAUCAAUUCAUAAUUCAAAUCGUCAUUAAAAAAAACAAAGAUGAUGUUCUUCCAUUGUUCCAAUCUUCUUUGUUGAUUAUAUAAUACAGCGUUGCUAUGGUGACGGAUAAUCUGUACACAGGGUGUGGUUUUGUUGACACUCCAAAGAUUAUCCGUCAUAGCGAGCAUAUUCCUUGUACGUAGAGACGUAGAAUUGUUAGAUAUCGCGAAACUGUUUUUCUUUCUUUUGUGUACAUAACAAUGCCUCUGCGAUUCGACCACUUUAGUAUAUGACUAUAUUUGGUCCGUUUACGUCAUGUGACGUAUGGCGAAUGGUUAGGUCCUCUAUAUAAUUCGGAUUAUUUGGUCUGUGUGCGUCAUGUAACGUAUAUAUAAGACUCUGUAAUCCGGAUUCACUGGUCUGUGACGUCAUGUGACGUUCAAAUUUCGUACAUUUUGGUGUUUGUACACAAUGGGUGUAUUUGUUUGUUUGCUGGCAUUGAUGCUUGCUUCAAAUAUUCGCAGUUGGAGUUUUUGAGUCAACAUAGUGUUGCUGGUAUGUAGUCACUAAAACUUUUCAACUAGAACUUGUAUCACUAAUAAUGUUUAGUUAUUCUAUUCAUCUUCACGAUGUACACACCGAGAUGUACGUAUAUCUUUUCCUGAAAUAUUCUCUUUUACGAAAAAAUAUUCUUUUCCUAUUAUAUAAUCAAAUACGUUAUCGAAAUUGCAUAUCCGGAAUAUUUCACCUUUUUUUUUUAGACAAUCCCUAGAAAGAUAUAUCGUGAAUAGAAGGAACAGUAAAAGUGAAGCAGCGUUGUUUUAUAUCAUCUUUGUUGGUCUUUGCACUUUACAUUUCUCUUUGUGAUAUUUAAAAUACCGUAGUAAUAUAAAUAGGAUAUCAUAAUACAGUAUAUAUCAGUAAUUAAAUCAAUGUGGGUUGUCCGCUGGAUGCUGGAGAAUCUCUGACAGCUACUUUCUUGCUUUAAAUUGUCUCUCAUGUUUUUAAUCUGAUUUUGGGACUCUGUGCAUUGAUGAUGAAUAUAUGAAUGAAAAGAGAGAGGGAGAGAGAAAGAUUAAUGGAAAAAAAACUACAAAAUUGUUUGUCAAAUUAAAAAAAUUAACAUUAAAUUUAAGAUAAUUUAUACUGGGCACCUUAAAUAUCUUUCCGGUUGUAGAGUCGAGCUUAUUUAGAUGAUACUUGUGGGAUAAUCUAUAUAUCAAACACAAUUUAUAAGUGUUUUUUUCAAAGUUGAAAAUUGUCUUGGCAAAACAACAAUUUCAUCAAUUUUAUCAUUUAAAUGUAUUGACAAUGCGUCAGUACAGUCAUUCAGAUUUUUCCCUUUUCUUUUUCUAUAUAAAUAUUUUAAUUUCGGGAUUGGAAAGAAUCUUUAAUUUUAAACAUUUUUUGAUAUUACUGAUGGAAUAUAUUCAAUCACUGAACAGUAACACGUUGUUGCGCACUUUCGGUUUUGACCGGAAGCGCAUAUUAGCGAUGUUAGCCUCGUUGUCGAUUAAGACUCGGGAGCAUUUGGUUUGCUUUCGCUAACACAUUUAUCUCAAUUAUAUGCAAUCUCUGUUCCUAUAUUUGCGUGUCAUUUGCACCUAAAUUAAUUGUUUGUAAGGCAUUUUCAUUAAAAUCAAAAGAAUUGG